UUUCCUCUUUAAUUUUAUUUUUUCUCAUUUCCAACAGCACGUCGUCCACCGGCACGCCGCAGCAGCUGGAGCUCGCGGCCGUUGGCAGCAGCCUAAUUGAGCCGCUGAGCGCAGGUGUGGCUGUCCGUCAUCCUGGAGCUGCUCCUCCGUCGCCGCAGUUCGCCAGAGGAGACGUUUCGACGAGGCCCGCGCGCUCCACACAUGUUCCUCGUGAAGAUGAAAGUGCCACAGGAGGAACUCAUGGGCGACAUCCUCAAGCGUUUGACCGGCGAGUCCGCGCUGCCCGUUUACAGCAACGUAGAGAAGUUCAAACGGACGAAGGACGGCUUUUACUUUGUCGCCGAAGACUUCAGCGAAACUGUGAAAAAAAGAGAACUGGUCAAUGCCAAGGAAAGACUGAGAAUUAGGAACUUGAACACCAUGUUCUCCCGUUUGAAGGCCAUGGUGCCACUCAUGCGUCCAGACCGCAAACCCAGUAAAGUGGACACGCUUAAGGCUGCAGCUGAAUAUAUUAGGUUGCUUGUUGCAGUUUUGCAGGACACUGACCGUGAUAAUGGCAGUGGCACUGAUUUCCUAAAGAAUGCAAUCACUUAUGGUCAGACUGAGGGCUUGGACAAGAUGUGGAGAGUGGACGAUUUGCUGAACAUGUCCGGGGAGCAUGUAGAAGGUGGGUUCCCCCUGCCCUCAGAACCAGUGACGGACGAUGGAGGAGAUAUGACCAGAGUGAUGUUGCAGCAUUGUGUGAUGCCUGCGUACCAGUUCAUCAUCCAAGUAGGACCGGAUCAGACUUCAGUAACUCAAGAAGCAAUUUGCCCUGUUUCUUUUACAGUCAGCCAAAACAUCAACACAGUUAUUGUGGCCUUUUUUUUUUUUUUUACCAGAUGUCUCAACCCUGCUGAAAAGCGUUCAGUGUCCAUGUCUUUCACAAGCAUUGGAAACGAGCCAGGGGCCUGUUUGAAGGAAGGAAUAUUCUUGAAGAGUUUUUUUAUUUGUCCAUUUUAUUUUACUUUCAAAUUUCAUUGACAAUUGAACAAUCUAUUUUGUUUUUUUGUCAACAUAUGAAUGUGAUUUUAUUUUUUUUCGCUACAGUGUACUUGAUAUCUCCUAAAAUAAACUGAGACAGCAUCA